UCCAGUCUUCUGGUGGCCUUAGCAAAGAUGAAAUUGAGAACAUGGUGAAGAAUGCAGAGAAAUAUGCAGAGGAAGACAGGCGAAGAAAGGAACGUGUGGAAGCUGUAAACAUGGCCGAAGGCAUCAUCCAUGAUACGGAGUCUAAGAUGGAGGAGUUCAAGGAUCAGUUGCCAGCAGAUGAGUGCAACAAAUUAAAGGAAGAAAUUGCUAAAAUGAGAGAACUUCUGGCUCGUAAAGAUUCUGAAACGGGAGAAAACAUCAGGCAGGCAGCAACCAGCCUGCAGCAGGCUUCUCUGAAACUCUUUGAAAUGGCAUACAAGAAGAUGGCCUCCGAACGAGAGGGUUCUGGAAGUCCAGGGGAUCAGAAGGAAGAGAAGCAAUAAGGAGUCUCUGUCUUGCCUUGACUAGAGUAUGAAGAAGAGGUCGAUUUUCUUGAUGCUUGGGAGAGAAGGGACCUUCCUGAGCAGCAAUGGGCAGAAUUCAGACUUACUGUGUUUUUGCAGUAUUCUAUAUAUAAAAUUCUUUAAUGUAUAAACUUAGUGAUGUGUCUGCUAGAUAAAUUGUCACUUGAUGGAAGUUAAUUCAUGCCAGACGGAGUUGGGCGCUUGGCCCCGUGGUAUUCAACUGAGGCACCUGGGAACUUGCUGAUCAUUUAUUUCUGAUACUUGACACAAUGGUGUACUAAAUCUGAUAUCAAUGUUUGGAAACCAUGUCACUAAAUCCAAGGGUGGAGACGGAAGUCCUGCUGGAACUGGGAGAAGAGUAACACCUGUGUGGACCCUCCUUGUGGACCUGAGUACUUGUGAGCAGGUAAUAAGACCUGUGAGCAGCAGUGACAAGGCUGGUUAUGUUACUGGAGAACAUUCAGAUCUGCAGCUAGGUUAGUUACCCCUGUUCUCAAGGAGAAGGGUUACUUCAAAUUCAGCUGUAACAUUAUUUCUUACAAAAGAGGCUACGUGGAAGUUAAAUACUUUGCUUGUCUGAGCCUUCUGCUGCAUCCCGUGUCUGUUUUCUGCUUAUGGUAAAACAAUUUCCUUGAUAAUAAAACUGUUAUUGGA